AUGAGCUCCACUGCGCUCCUCCGCGCGUCGUCGUCGUCGCGCAGUCCCGAGUACGUGGCCCUCCGGUCGCACGAGUCGCCCGUUGCUCGCAACAUGGAGGCGCCCAUUGCGAUCUCUAUCGCUGCACCGCCUGAAGCUGUGGACGCCGCGGGCGCUUACGUCUCAGCGUCCACAUCGUCGUCGACUGCUGCGUCGACACCGCCGAAUCCGUUUGCGUACACGACGCCCAUUGACACGUACGAAGCCGUCAAGAUGACGCUCGUGUGCCUCCUGGGCGUGCCGUUGCUCCGCCUACUGUUGCUCGUCUGCACGGGCGCGUUGCUCGUGCUCGUGAGCCACGUCGCGCUCUGUGGCUACACGCGCUUGACGCCUCGUGCAAGUACAGGUACGGGAGCUGAUUCAACUGCUGCUACAGCUGCUACGGCUACAGCAAUGCCACUGCCAUACUGGCGACGACUGCUUGGCGCGCCCGCGCCGUAUUUGCUCCGCCUGGUCCUCUUCAUCGUCGGGUUCUACUGGAUCCCCGUCAAGUACCCGCCCCACUUUGACCGACAUCGGAUGCCGCGUGUGAUCGUGAGCAACCACCUGACGUUCUUCGACGGGCUCUACCUCUUCACGCUGCUGUCGCCCAGCAUCGCCAUGAAAGCCGACGUCGCCAAGCUGCCCCUCCUUGGCCGCGUUGUGCAGAUGACAGAGCCCAUUCUCAUUGAUCGAGGCACGGCCGAAGGACGAAAACGCGCCAUGCAGGACAUCACGGCCCACGUGCUCGAGGCGACGAGGCCGCCGCUGCUGGUCUUCCCGCAAGGCACGACGUCGAACCAAGAGGCGCUGACCAAGUUCAAACUGGGCUCCUUCGUCUCGGGGCUGCCGUGCCAACCUGUGGUGCUGCGCUACCCGUACCAGCACUUUGACGUGAGCUGGCCGCCCGGGAUCUCGGGACUGUACUUGGCACUGCGCGUGCUCUGUCAAGUGUACAACCGGAUGGAAGUGGAGAUCUUGCCGGCGUAUUACCCCUCGGAGCAGGAACAGAACAACCCGCAGCUCUAUGCGAACAACGUUCGAGAAGUGAUGGCCAAAGCAUUGGGCGUGUCAACGACCAACCAUGCGUUCGAGGACAUGGCCAUGUUGAUGCGUCUCGGUGACUAUGCAAGUAAGCACAUUGCACCGCUGGCAGACGUCGGAGACGUCACGUCUCUCUCGGCACUGAAAUGUGGCAACGUCGAGCGCCUUGUUGCGUACAUUCGUCAGCGGGAUUUGGACAAGGACGGUCAGCUGUCCAUGAAGGAGCUGCGGGCUCUGUUUCCGAAAGACGAUCCAGUGAUUGUUGACCAGCUCUUUGACCUCGUGGACGCCGAUGACAGCGGCCUCAUUGACUUUCGUGAGCUCUGUCUCGCCUUGCGGGCCGUCAAUCCGCGAAGCGUCGACGAAGAGAACGACGCGCUGGCCAAGUUUACGUUCCGACUCUACGACCUCGACAACAAUGGGAUCAUUGAUGCAGGUGAACUCCGGCAAAUGCUGCGCUUUCAACGCAGUUUCUAUGGCAUUUCGGAAGCCAGUGUCAACGCCACAUUGCAUGAAGCGACAGUGCUCCAAGCUCAGGAUGGCACUGGCAUCACGUACAACCGGUUCCAGCAGCUCGUCGAGCACAAUCCCGAGCUGCUGGGCUAUGUCCGAAACAAGCUCGAAGUGCUGCGCGUCUCGUUGUGCGGACGCAACAGCCCGUGUGAACCUGAUCGAUCAUAG